AGGUGACCAAUCAGGGUCAGUGCUGGGCUUGGGACCGCUCCCUGCACAAGGCCGAGGAUUUCCUGCGUUUUUACCCCAAAUUGCAUCGAUUUUUCGCCACUUCUGGACCUGCAAGGAUGGAGAAAAGAGGCCGGAGCCUCUACAGAACUGUUUGGAGCCCUGUGCAUCCACUAGCCGCGUGAUCGGCUGUUUAUUUCGCCGUAAUUCGGAAGGUGAACCGAGCCGGUGCCAGCCAGCCAUCUGAUCAGCCGUGUGUGUGCACGCAGUGCGCCGGGGACUGACGCUUGACGGUGUUGGCUGUUAUUUUGACCCGAAUCUGACGUUUUUCGACCCAAAAUGGGGAACGCGAACGCCUGCUGUGUGGCGCCACAGGGACAGAGGGGCAAAAAGAAGGACAGGUCGGAUGUCUACGCGCCAGAACCGGAAGUACCGAAGGAGGAAAGCAGCGCUAACCUCCAGCAUAUCAGCGACAGGGAAGUCGCCGAAGAUCAUGAGGAGGACCCGUCCAACCACCCCCGAGCCAGUACGAUCUUCCUCAUGAAGUCAACAGCACCAAACGGAAAAGUACUAGAACUAACCUCCCACCCUAGACAAGAUGGUUUGUUGGUGCACCAUUCUUCAAAGAAAAGAAACAAUCAUCAUAUUAAUCAUCAACAUGUUUCACCCAACAACCUGACAAAGAAGUUCAGCUCUUGUUCUACUAUCUACAUAGACGACAGCACUGUCAGCCAACCCAACCUCAAAAACACGCUCAAAUGUGUUGCUCUUGCCAUUUACUACCACAUAAAGAAUAGAGACAAAGAUGAGAUUUGCAAAACUCUGGACAUAUUUGAUGAAAAGCUUCAUCCUCUAACAAAGGACCCAGUACCAGACAACUAUGACGGGAUUGAGCCUGAACACAGACACAUCUACAGAUUUAUCAGAACUCUGUUCAGCGCUGCACAGCUGACUGCAGAGUGUGCUAUCAUUACUCUGGUUUACCUGGAAAGAUUGCUGACGUACGCUGAGAUCGACAUUGCGCCGUGUAACUGGAAGAGAAUCGUGCUGGGCGCCAUCCUGCUGGCCUCCAAGGUCUGGGAUGACCAGGCGGUGUGGAACGUGGACUACUGCCAGAUCCUACGAGAUAUCACCGUCGAGGACAUGAAUGCCCUGGAGCGACAGUUCCUGGAGCUGUUGCAGUUCAACAUUAACGUCCCGUCCAGCGUGUACGCCAAGUACUACUUCGACCUGCGCUCCCUCGCUGAUGCUAAUGACCUCAUCUUUCCUGUGGAACAGCUCAGCAAGGAGAGAGCACAGAGAUUAGAGGCUACCUCCAGAGCAUGUGAAGAGAAGAUGAAGGAAGGAAACAAACCCGAGCUGAAGCGAACCGUCAGCGCGGAAAACAUGUCACCCCGGCUCAGCAGGGUAGUGCUGUCAUAGCUCCGUCUCAAACUUCUGUAGCAGCACGUCAGCAGAACGUACUGCACCUGUGCCUAACCUGUAAUGCAUAGCACUUCAGCAGAAUGUCUCAUAUAAGUUUGUAUUCGCACAUAUAAUAAGGUUGACACUCCAUCUGUAGUUUCCUAAUGCCGUGUCGGAAAAGAUAUUGUCUGCAACAGACAAAAUUGUGAUGCAACAUUGACCAAACAUCCAACAAAAUUUAGGGUUUCGUGCAGGCAUAGUACAUUCUGCCGGCGUGCUAAACUUGUGUAUUUAAGGAUUUUAGUCAUAAGUAAGUCACAUUUUUCUCCAUGGUAAUGGAAGAGAAAUUGUGACGAUUUUAACUUUUCAUAAACUGUGGACAGUACAUGUAAGUAAUAAGUAUUGUCCUGCAAGUGUAAGUUCUAGGGUUAAGAAGUUCUUUUCUGUGUCUUGGACGGAAAUAAGCUGCAAUGCAGAAUCUAGAAGGAGUCGUAAGGCUAUUUUUUUGUUCUCAAGAACCACA